AAACAGGACUGUCAUUUGCAUUGUAAACAAAUCUUCUUCAUCUUCCUUAUAAACAGAUGGUUAAUGUCAUCCCUUUAGCUGGUCAGUGGUGUCAAUGCUGUGGCUGAUUGGUGUGUUAUUUUUCCAGUGUGAACACACUACAUACUCAACUUGUUUAAAAAGUGUGGAACUGGGACACAGUUGCUGUUUCUGUGUAUACUAACCAUAUAUUUAUGUAACUGUCUAUUAGAGCUGCUAAGAUUAGUCAGUCAGCUGAAUAUUAAUCAGCCACUAUUUUGAUAAUUGAUUCGUUGUUUCAGUAGAAGCAAAAAAAAACUGACAGUUUGCUGCUUUUUCUUUUUUCUUUAUGAUGAAAAUACGUUUGAGUUUUGAACAUGUGGCCAGCUAAAAGAAGAAACGCAUACGGACUGUUUUGAGUAUAUUAUACUGAUUGUCAAGUGCGAACACACUCAUACACACAGACCCCAAACUGCUUUGAAUUAAUUUGUGUGGGAUAAAAGCAGUUCCACCUGUGAACCAGUAGGUGGCAGCAUAAUAUCAACCAACUGUAUAAGCGAUUUUCUUUUUUUCCCCCCCUUUUUUCUACCACUGUCCUUUAUCAUUAUCAUAGCAGUGUCCUUUCAGGCUUGACCUUGGUCUAGACAGGUAUGGAUCCUGUGACUAACAACGCCGAAAGCAUCAGCCAAGAGCCCGAUCGGCACAAGGUCCAUACAUCCCUCAUUCGAAGGGAAAGCAGAUCCUAUUUCACCUUCUACCUUUCCAUCCUAUCAUCAGUGCUAUUUGCAAAACAUCAGCAGUGCUGCAGGUGUGUGUUUGUCUGUGUGGAGGAAUCAAUGUUCUGUUUCUGAUCUCUGUAGGGAGUCAAAGGGUUGUGAUGGCUCACAGUGGGCUCCUGCCUAAAAGUUUGUCCUGUCAGUGAUCAUGAAACGGGAGCACGGAGGGGGGAGCCUCCAUUCAAAAACACCUUGAUGUUUUGCAUGUUAAAUCUCAUAAAUCACCAGUUCUGUGGGGAAAUAGCCAUUCCAGAAAAGGAAUACACACUUCCAUUAGCUGCCAUGUGGGAUAGGAUCGGAUAGAUUUUCUGAAUGCUGCUCGGUGUACUUAAUGGACUGCAAGGGAAACGUGGAUUUAUCUGACAUGUUUUGUAAGAGUUGAGAAAGCUGGAAAUUGAGCGCGCGUUGUGGACGCCACGCACCAUCGGUUUUGUCAGGUUUAAAAUGUAUGGAUUCACAGUGCAUCAGGGUUCUCCUCCGCUCUGCACUGCGCUGCCUGUAAGCUCACUGUGGAGACGAAGAAUGGGUCAGCUUCCCAAUGAGCACCAAGGACGUUUUGCACACUUUCACAUUAGUUAAAGCACAAACGUGCGGCAGGCUGGUGGUGAUAAACGAUCAGUUAGUUUGUCACCUGCUGCGGUUACAUCGAACAGGUCAUUAACCUCCUGCUGCUCACUCAUUUUUAAAAGUGCACUUUAUGGGAGGCUUUGUAAUGCGAAGACUGCCGUCAUUCAAUAAAAAUAAUAUGAAACGUGAGCAAUGUGGUCUUCAUUUGCCUCCCGGUUGACAUAUUAUUGGAGUGAUAACAUCCACCCAACCCCCCAUUAUGUAUUAAAAUACAACCAAGUGCCACCAAAAGACCUAUUUUUACAAUAAAAUCGGACUCUUUACAAGUUGGAAGUGGUUCAGAUAAAUAGCAGCAAUCCUUUGUACACUUCAAAUGGCCUCGGUUCAGAUUUGUUUGGUGCGACUGCUCCUGUAAGGCUCAUUUCUCUUAUCUUAAAAUGCCAUAGGAGAUAACACAACAAAGCUGGGGAUGUGGGAUAUAAGACAUGGCACUUUUUAUCUGCACUGAGGGGUUUUUCUCAGUUCGUUUUGUUGCGUUUCUUUGUGCAAAUGGUAGUUGGAAAGGAGCCAAAAGGAUACCAGAGCCACAAUGGUGUGUGUGUGUGUGUGUGUCUAUACGUUUUUUUUUCAUGCGUAGUCACAGACUGACCCAAUUUACGCUCUGUAGAUCUUACUGGUCCUGCUUUAUGAGGCCAACAUUAUAGGCUAUUUUUAUGUGAAUGUCACUCCCAGCAAAGCACGACCCAGACUGGUUCAGGGUCAUGCUGGGGACUACAGCCACGGGACAGAACGGUAACACAAUCGCAGCAAAUAUGAUCAUAUUUAUCACUACUUAAUCUACAUAUUGUUGCCAAAAUAAAUUUAAAGAUUUUAAUUGGCUGUAAUGAUUAGUCAUCUCCAGCGCGUCGUUAACGCGCAAAGCGGGAGACACCUGACGUCUCCACCACGCAGGCGCGCCUCCGGUGUGGUUGCAAAAUCAUAGCGUGAGCCCAACGUGUGUUACCUGCCGUCACAGAGCCACGGAGCUUUGGGGAAAGUGAGUGCGCCGCGGGUUCAUGAGUGAGAGCUUCCCUCAGUCACAUUCGCCCGUGCGCAAUGGCACCGAGCGCUCCUCCUGCUCGCCUCGCAGACCGGGCGCGAUGUCCGGAUAACUUUUAACUCUGCUCGGACGAUGCUUUUGCCCGAUGACAUCUGAUGAAUUCUUCGCUGGGAAACCGUAACAGGUCUGCCAAACCCCCCAUGUCACCGGGACGCCUCCAUGGCGAUGUUUAGCAGCGCAGAGCGGCUCUGGAACGAAUCAGACAGUCUCGUAUGGGAUGAGAGGAAUGAGAGCUCAGAGGCAUUGGGGCAGGAUGAACGUAACUACUACGCCAUGCUGUACUCCCUGCUCAUCCUGGCCAUCGUCUUUGGAAACGUGCUGGUGUGUCUGGCUGUGCUGAGGGAGCGCUCGCUCCAAACAACCACCAAUUACCUGGUGGUCAGCCUGGCCGUGGCCGACCUGCUGGUGGCCUCGUUGGUCAUGCCCUGGGCUGUGUACCUGGAGGUGGUCGGCGGUGCCUGGCUUUUCAGCCGCGUCUACUGUAACAUCUUUGUCACGCUAGAUGUGAUGAUGUGCACUGCCAGUAUCCUCAACCUGUGUGCCAUCAGCAUUGACAGGUACACAGCAGUGGUGAUGCCCGUCUUGUACAACACCACCCAUCGCUCCAGGAAAAGAGUUUUUGUGAUGAUUGCCACCGUCUGGGUCCUGGCCUUCGCCGUCUCCUGUCCCCUGCUGUUUGGUUUCAACACCACAGAUGACCCCAUGGUGUGCUCCAUCUCCAACCCCGAUUUUGUUAUCUACUCCUCGGUGGUGUCCUUCUACCUGCCGUUUAUUGUCACUCUGCUGGUCUACAUCCGCAUCUACGUCUUCCUCAGGAUGAGGAGGAAGAGGAUCACCUUCGGCCAGGUCAGCGGAAAGGUGCAGCCGGGCUCGACUCCGCCGUCCGUGGAGACCUGUCUGCAGGAGGAGACUCCCAAGGCGAAGCAAGACUUGUCACCUAUAAGGAUUAAAGUGCAGAGUGUGGAGCCUUCAGGUCCCUCCAAGCCCAGCCUGCUGUCAGGAUGCCUGUGGCACAAACGCCCUAAGACGGGACCUGUGGAGAAUUCUGUACUGCCCCCAGUGGACAUGCACAACUGCUGCAGCAUCAGCCACGCCUCCUGCGGCCGCACUGAGCUAGAUUUGGAGCAGGAUCAAGGGGAGGAGGAGGAGGAGGCGGUGGGGAACAACCAGCACGAACAGCCUCCUGUCAGGAUGAGCUGCGAGGUGAAGGAUCUGACCAACGGACGAACACACACGUCGCUGCGGCCGGUGCCUCACUCUCAUACCGCCAAUCCACGAUUCAGGAGCAUGCACGCACGGGAGAAAAAGGCCACCCAGAUGCUGGCUAUUGUGCUUGGAGUGUUUCUCAUCUGCUGGCUGCCUUUCUUUGUGACUCACAUCCUGAACACCCACUGCAGGACAUGCUACGUGACUCCUGGGCUAUACAGUGCUUUCACCUGGCUGGGGUAUGUCAACAGUGCCCUCAACCCUGUUAUCUACACUACCUUCAACAUCGAGUUCAGACGGGCCUUCAUCAAGAUCCUGAGCUGCUGAGGGAGGGAGGGGGCAGCGUGCCAGGAAAUCAAAAUAAAAAUAACGCUGUGCAUUUAUGCUAAAACUCUGUGCUACGACUCUGCUGCAGCAGCGACCACCGCUGUACUCAAGGGGAACAAACCUGCUUUGUCUCCUGCAGGAGGUAUACAGUAGCAGCAAGAUGAAACAAGAGGGGGAAAAACAGACACUGUGGUAUAUGAUAAAUGCAAAUGAAAGAGGAUUUUUACUUCAGAACAUACUCAAGCUUUUGUUUCUCUGCAGGGACUCCAUUUGAACAGUAUUACUCUUACUAAUAGCACAAGGUGUUGGACUUUCUUGUGGAUGUCUUGUACAGUAUGUGUGUUGUUUAUUGACACAGUUGCUACAGCGCAGGGCUUUCCAAUCGGAUUUUUUUUUCUAAAUGAAAACUUUGGAAGCUCUUUGGAUGGAGCUUUAAAGCACCUGCAAGGAGUUUAAUCUGGUAAAGAGCCUCUAUAGGACCUAUAGACAACCAAACAAUAACAUCAGCCUUUCCAGUGUACUUAUUCUGUCCUGUGGGUCCUGUUCCCCACAAAUUCAGUCUAACAGCUUUAAAACACACAGACCGGAAAAGUAUGUGUUUUCAGUCUUUAAGUGAGUGGUACAUAAGUCAGUUUAAGGGAAGCAGAAGGAGAUUUUUCUGUAGAAAAUUUCAUUUUUGAUGUCGGUUGGGCUGAAUCAGCAAAUAAAAAGAAGAAUCUUGCUUUGGCUAACAUUAGCUGAAUGUAGCCGGUGUUACAUCUGUCAUGCAAAGUAAGCACCACAAAGUACAUGCACCAGGUAAUCAACAAUAGUUUGGAUAAAGCUGAGAGGCAUAAUAUUUAUGAGAGCCUUCUGAAAAGAAUUACUACUACCAAGCACGGUGAGAUUAAUCAAACAAUUGAAGAAACAGUCACUUUUUGAAGGGUACUCCAGCCAACCCCUAGCUUUAAUAAUAUGCUGCAUCAUUCUUUCACUUCCUUCCAAAACAAAUGAUCAGAUAAAAAACAGUCCAGCUCUUUAGGCCAUGGAGCUCAUGAGAAAUGUAGUCUUCAUUCUGGAAAACACUACCGCUUUUGUCCACAGGGGCCGCCAAAAUCAACACAACAUCUUAAGUUCCUUGUAGUUGCUUUAAGGCUGGUAAAUUUGAUCGCAGAGCCACGGACACUUCGUCCUGAGGCCCACUGCCACCGCACUGUGUGGAUUAACUGAUGUUACCUCUCCCAUUCACACCCUCCUUCACCAUCAUCACCGUCAUCAGUUACUCACCGGUGCAUGCACAAAUCAGAUUUCAAGGGCGUCCACUUGAAUGGUGCUGGGGGGAUAAGAUUGGUCCCUGCAAAGACUCGCAUCCUUUUGAAGAUUAUCACAUAUAUUGAUGUUGAGGCAUUGUGCUCUGUGUGGAAUCAUUAGAAUUAAAAGUGUGAGAUUUUAACGUAACGCACAGUGGAAACAUUUUCAGUGUUUUCAAGGGGGUUGUCUGUUUAUUGGCCAACCUCCCUGUAAUAUAGAGGUGCCUGCUGGCUGUCCUGAUGCGCUGGUAGUGGCAGAAGCUUUGUGAUCUUCCCCACCCGAGCAGGAUUGUAAACCAUGUGGAGAGCCGGUAUGUCACGGACAGAGCAUUGAUUCCAGUGUGUUGUAAAUAAAAAAAAAGUAUGAAGUGUUUAUGUAUACACGUGUAUGUUUUAAUCUUGCUGGUGAAUGAAGACACAAAAAAGGAACAACAGGAACCACGUUUAGUGAACAGGAUAUUUGGGGGGACAUUUAGAAACAUAAGAGACACAACAGUGACACACAAAAUGGAUAAUGUGGUGAGCUGCGUAGGAAGGAAUAAAGUCAGAAAGGCAAGAAAUGAACUGAAAGAACAAGGAUGAAAGAUAAUUGUAGCAGGAGAAAAAAUGUAGAUGGAUUUAGGAUCCAUGCAGGAGGGAGAAGCAGAGGAUGUCAGGCUUUCUCAGCCUACAUCUCAAGCACUCCCAUUUCUCCGAGAGGCGUAAACACCUGCUCCCCUGACAGUUUGUGCCAUUGCGUCGACUCAGCCUUGUUUCCACUGAGACUAUUUAAAAUAAUGACGCACCGGGUGUGUGUAUAUGUGUGUGUAUGCAUAUCUGUAUUUAUGGAUUUUUGUUGUGAUGUUCGCAGAGCAUCAAAUUAGUAAUCAUCAUAACCAAAGCAUUAAUUUAUGUUUUCUUUCUCUAAAAAGAAACUCUGUGCAACUCAAAUCAAUGUUUAAUAUGAUGUAGAAGCUUAAAAAAUGCAUAUUUACCUGGGUGAAAAUGGGACACAAGCAAACUGAGGGUGAGAUUCCACAGUGAACAGAGGAGAUGUUUGUUCUUCUGCUCUUUAAUUUAAUUUGAAUAUGAAUUAAUUUAAUUAAAGAUGCAGUUUAGAGUGCACAUGUGCCUCUACAUCCAGUCGUUCAGAGACAGUAAUUACAUUCAGCUCUUACUCUAAAUAAACUGCAUAUUUGCCUAAAGUCCCAAAGGCCUGGAGCAACUCUAUAGACCCCAAGAGAUUGCAAUGUUCAUAAUAUCCAAUAAUAUGAAGCAGCAGAGUGGAUGAAACACACUGAUGAUAUUGCUGUGCAUGUUUACUUAGCAGGGAUGGUAAAAAAAAAAUGUCACGUUUGUCCUUAGAUGCUGCUAGAGGAAAGGUUAUGGGGUCAUUGAAGACAACAGAGUUUAUCCCUUUGGGGGGACAUGUAUGUGCUCAUCCAAUUUCAUGGCAAUCUGCUUUUUUUUCUUUUUUUACCUUAAAAGACAUCUUGUGUGCUAAGUUGACAUUUUAGCCUGAAGGGGAUGCAGGAGCUCAACAUGCUUAUCGAGAAUCUAAAAUUGCAUAGAAGAGGUUUAGGCCACGGUCCCAAAAAAAGUUCACUUGUUUCAAGAUUUUUCAACAGAAGAGGCUGAAUGAGGCAGAUGGCUGGAUAAAUCUAUGAAACAGAAAAAGUUGACUGUGCCAUUUUUAAAAAGAGAGACGCACUAAUUCUUCAUUUUAUUGCCCAUCAUUUCAGUGCAAUAUAAUUUCCUAGAAACAGCUUUAUGAAUUGAUAAUGAUUGAAUAAUAAAUAUGCGUUCCUUCUGUAAAUAGUAGUAAAUCACAUUAUUCCUUCCAGAACAUUGUCAGGAAAUAUAGAGUGUAUAUAGAAAUAGAUAUUAUAAUGAAGUGUUAAUCAAAGCAGCAUGUAUGAAAUUUUCUUUGUCACAUUGCAUCUUGUGCAGGCACACGGGUGCAGGGACAAAGAGCUCACCCACCAACACAGAAUUUCAGGUGCGGGUUUGGGUGCUGACGGUGUUCAAAGUCCUUAUC